AUGACACCAAAAUUUCAAAAAUUUCCUUUUAUGUUUUUUCUUUUAAGUGUUCUAAAUAAACAAGGAUUUUUCGGUCAUGUGACAUUUAUAUUCAAUUCAAAUAUUAAAAUUAGAGAAAUGGACUACAGAAUCAAUAGAGCAUUGUUUAAGAAGGAGUUAUAUGGUCAUCGUGAACAAGAGAAUCUUAGAGAAACCUUUGUUCAAUCAGACUAUGCCAUUCAGACAAUGAUGAAUACCAGUCAUCUGACUGGUCACGAUGAAUGUGUCAAUUCAAUUGCAUUCAGUGAUGAUGGUUCACUUGCUCUCACCGGAAGUGAUGAUGAAACAGUGAGAGUUUGGGAUUUCUAUAAUAGAACAACAAUAGAUAUUCUUUAUGGUCAUAAUACAAAUGUAUUUAGUGUUGCAUUUAUACCUGGAACAGAGAAUGGUAGACAAGUUAUAAGUGGCGGUAACGAUUCGGAUGUCAGAUAUUUCGAUAGGGUUGCAAGAACUUCAACAGUGUUCACUCAUCAUACAAAAAAAGUGUUGAGAGUAUGCGCAUCACCACGCAAUCCCAAUUGUAUAAUGAGUUGUUCAGGCGAUGGAACAGUGAGAAUGUACGACAUCCGACAGAAAUAUGAAAAAUCCUAUACACAUCAAAUACCAAGCGUUGGAAAUCAUGAAAAUGGUGGUGAAUACUCUAUUUUACCUCAGAUGUUUGGUGGUGGUAGAGCAAUAGAUAGAUUCAAUAGAACACAAAAAGAGAGUUUGGUGUUGGAUUUCGAUAAGGAUCAUAGUAGAUCGGCUGCCAAUGGUAGUUCAAGAAACUCUCAUCGGAAAUCAACGAUUUAUUGUGUGGAUUUCCACCCGUUCGAUUCUAAUAUUUUCGCAACGGCGUCUUCUGAUGGUACAGCCAGACUAUUCGAUUUGCGAACUAUAAAGGAUUACUCUGCCAACUCCUACGUAAAUAUCUUUAGAAACAUUCACAAACCAUUCCCAACCAACAAUGAAGCGAUGCAUGCAACAUUCAGUAAGGAUGGCACCGAACUAUUAGUUACAAACAUUUCAGAUAGUAUUUAUUUAUAUGAUAUAAAUAGAAAUUUUGAAAAAGAAUUAAAUUUAGAUUACUUUAAGAAUCAUGCAGCUGAAAAGAAGAAGAAGAAGAAGAAGAAGAGAAGAGCAAACAAUUCAUCAAGUCCAAAGCAAAGAAAAAGAGAGAGAGUUUCUAAUAGUGAUCAAGAGGAAGAGGAAGGUGAUAUAGAUAUUUUAGAUACAGAUCCUAUAGAAGAGGAAACAGUAGAUAGUGAUAAUCAUUCUCAUUCCCAUGCAAGUGGAGGUGAAGAUGAACUACCAGAAGAUCAAGAAGAACGUGAACAGAGUUCAUCUGACGAGCAGCCAACUAAUUUAAUGCAAUAUCAAGAAGCAUUACAAGGUGUUCUACAAGAUUAUUAUCAAGAUAUUCUAGAUGGAUAUAUGGAUGAAAGUGAUGAUGAUGAUGAUGAUGAUGACGAUGAUGACGAUGAUGACGAUGCAUCGGAAGAAGAGGAAGAAGUAGAUGAUGAAGAAGUUGAAAAGAGUGUAUCGGUAGCAGACCAACACGAAAAUGAAUUGGUAAAUACAUUUAAACAGGAAUUCAAUGGACAUAUCGGUGGAAGAACUAUUAAAUCAUGCGAUUUCUAUGGACCAAACUCAGAGUAUGUCAUGUCUGGUAGUGAUGAUCACCGAAUCUAUAUAUGGGAGAAGUCGAGUGGACGACUCGUUAGAAUACUGGAGGCACAUGAGAACAUUGUAAAUAGCUGUAUAGGACAUCCUUCGCUUCCAUGUAUAAUCAGUGCUGGUCUUGAAAACGAUGUUUUUAUCUGGGAAGCGGAAGACGACUAUCCCAACAAGAAAAUAUUGAAACAAAGACAAAAGAAAUUGAAUUUCCUCAUGGACGCUGCAAAUCAAUCAAAGAGAGAUCAAUCAUUAGAUGAAUCUGAAUAUACUUAUAUAGAUGCAUCUGAUUGUACACAACAAUAA